AUGCCCUCCAAACCAUCCCAACCAACCCUCUUCACAGAACCCGACUGGACAAAAACCCACGCGCACCGGGUGGGCCUGCGCUCGCGCGACGACCGCUUCCCCGGGUUAACGCACCCGGGCGACGACUGGCGGUUCGCGCUCGAGGAAGAGGCCGAAGAGAAGAUCCGGGAACUCCAGGAGAAGGUCGAUAAGGGGGAAUUGUUGACCGUGCGGGAUUUCCUGGCGAAGCAGGAGGAUUUUCAUAUAAGGCGGCCGGAGGUGCAUCCGCGGGGGUGGAGGUAUGUGCUGCAUACGAGUGAGGGGUAUAUUAAGGAGGGGCAGGGGUGGUUGGUUAGUCAGCGGAGGAAGGAGAGGGAGGAGGAGGAGAGGAAGAAGGAGAGCGGAGGUGAUGAGGGUAAGAGUGAGGAUAGGAAGCAAGUGGGCGAGAAGGAGGAGCAUGAACCAAAGCAGCAAGCCCAAGAUGCAGAACAAGAAGAGGAGAAACCCGAACUCUCCCCCUCAGAAAAAACCCUCCUGCACCUCCUCCGCUCCGAAGAAGCCUACAUGCGCUCGCUGAAACCCAGCACGGGCAAAGGAGUCUCCCCCGUCAAAAGCGACUUUGUCCCCUCGGAAAUCGACGAAAUCGACCAAACAACACCCGACAACUGGAUCCCCCGAACAGACCACCUAAUCCGAAUCACAGGAAAACACCCGCUAAACGCCGAAGCAAAUCUCACCGAACUAUUCGACGCGGGGUUCAUCACGCCAAACUGGCUACACUAUGUGCGUAGCCACGGGGCUGUGCCGCAUCUCCUCUGGGAGAACCACAAGCUGGAGGUUUCGGCGGGGAGGAAUGUGACGUUUCUCAUGGAUGAUUUGAAGGAUCAGUUUGAGAGUAUCAAUAUCCCCGUCUUUGCGGCUUGUGAUGGGAAUCGGCGGAAGGAGUUGAAUAUGCUCAAGCGGAGUAAAGGGUUUAACUGGGGGCCUGGGGCUGUCGGGUGUGCGUAUUGGAAAGGGGUUCGGCUGCGCGAUGUUUUGAAGAGUGCUGGGGCCAAAGAGCUCAUGAAGGAGUAUGAGGGAUCGAGGCUGUGGGUGAAUUUCCAGGGGGGCGAUAAUCUGAGCGAGGGCAAGUAUGAGACGUCUAUCCCGCUCGAGUAUGUGAUGAACAAGCGGAAGGAUGUUCUGCUGGCGUAUGAGAUGAACGACACGCCUCUUCCGCCAGACCACGGGUAUCCGUUGCGCCUGGUCGUGCCAGGGUACGUCGGUGGACGCUGGGUCAAGUGGCUCGAAAAGAUCUGGGUCACAGAUAAGGAGAACAACAGCCACUACCAUAUCUGGGAUAACCGUGUUGUGCCGGAGUUUGUGACAGACAGGGACUCGGAGCUGGCCAAGACCAUGUAUCACAAUCCGAGCACAGCGUGCAUGGAGCAACAGUUGAAUUCGGUGAUUGUACGACCCGCACAGGGGGAGAAGAUUGAUCUGCAAGAUGUGAAGAGUGGGAAGCAGUAUCGUCUGCAGGGGUUUGCGUAUAAUGGGGGAGGGAAUGAGGUGCAGAAGGUGGAGGUUAGUUUGGAUGGAGGUCAGUCGUGGUUGUAUUGCGCUCGAAGGUACCCAGAUUACUCGUUGCGACAUGGGAAGAAAUUCUGGACGUGGCUGCAUUGGCAUGUGGAUGUCAGCCUCACACAGCUGGUGCGCGCAGAGAGUAUCAAAGUGAAAUGCUGGGAUGUCAACAAGAACACCCAACCUGAGAACCCAACCUGGAACCUCGAAGGGAUGAUGAACAACUGCCAAUACACCGUCAAGCCCGAACUGACCGAAGACGAAAAGUCCGGCACAGCAUACAUCACCUUCCGCCACCCCUGCGAGCCCGGCACAGGCGAAGGCGGGUGGAUGAAGCCAUCGCCACAGAUGCAGGCAGAAGAGAGCCAGCGGCAAGCAUCGACGCCGGGAAAGCAAUUUACCCGCGAGGAGAUCGAAAAGCACAGCACCGAAGACGACUGCUGGAUUGUCAUCAAUGGGAAUGUAUACGACGCGACGAGCGUGAUGAGCUGGCAUCCUGGUGGGAAAGCUCCCAUCAUGGCACAUGCUGGGCGAGUCCACGCGGAUACGACGGGGGAGUUUGAGAGCAUACAUGAUGACUUUGCGCAUUCGAAGCUUCAAGAAUGCAUCCUCGGCACGGUAACGAAGAAGACGCAAGACUUUAUCAAGCAAGAAGCCAAAGUCAAAGCAGAACAGCGCGCGAAGUCCGGUGGACAAGAGUCCGACAUUGCUCUCAAGCGGCAUAAAUGGACACAAGCACGCUUCACCAAGAAGAUCCCCCUUUCCGAAGACACAAAACGAUACACAUUCGAGCUACUAUCAAAGAAUAAAAAGCUCGGCCUGAAGACAGGCCAACAUAUCCAAAUAGGAUUCCACUUCAACGACCAACUCGUCUUCCGCUCAUAUACACCCGUACGACCUGUGUUUGAGGAGGAGGAAGACGGCACCUUUGAUCUCGUCGUGAAGACCUACUACCCAGACCCUGGACAGCCAGGCGGUACAAUGAGCAACAUCCUCGACUGCCUGGCGGAAGGCGAAGAGGUCGAGAUCAAAGGACCCGCCGGCGAGAUCGUGUACGAGGGCAACGAGGUAUUCCAAAUCGACGAGAAGAAGAUGACCUUUGAGCGCAUCACGCUCGUCCUCGGUGGCUCGGGCGUCACACCAGGAUACCAAGUAAUCGUGCGAAUCUUACGAUCAAAGGGGCAAGACAAGACCAAGAUCCGCGUCAUCGACUCCAACAAGUCAGAAGACGAUAUCUUGAUGCGCAAAGAGCUAAAGGAACUGGCUGACCAGCAUCCGGACCAGUUCCAGAUUACGCAUAUACUAAGCCAUCCCAGUGAUUCUUGGGAAGGGGAAAAGGGGCGAGUGAAUGAGGAUAUCAUCCACAAGUAUGGCUUUGAGCCGGAUGAGAAGAGUGUGGCUUUGCUUUGUGGGCCGCCCGCGAUGAUUCAGAAGGCGGUUCUACCUGCGUUGGUCGAUUGGGGGUAUGAUGAGGAUAAGAAUCUGUUUGGAUUCUAG